GCAGUCACACCCACCGAUGACCGUUGAGCACGCUUCUUCCUAUUCUUUCGCCCAGAUGAGCCGGCCCCGAUGAGUUGGAACCUGCUUGAGCGAUUCAUAGAGUCGGACCACUUCAACCAAGACCCCUCGCUGACUGUGGCCUAUCUCUCGCGCUAUGCAGACCAUGUCGGUAUCCACUAUGUCCUAUGCUCCAAGCUUCGCCAUUUUGCCUACGAAGAGAUCGAGUUUUUCCUCCCACAGUUAUGCCACCUUCUUAUCAGCAUCGACAAUGAGUCUAUGGCACUUGAAGAGUUCAUAAUAGAUCUGUGUGAGGAGUCCGUGAAUGGAGCUCUUCUGACCUUCUGGCUCUUCCAGACCUAUCUGCACGACCUCUCCAGCGACCCAAGCUCCAACGCCUUCAAAACAUGUCGGCGGAUCUACAACAAAGUCCAGCGCAUUGUGUUUGGCUCGUCGGAGCCUCAGCGCAGAGAGAAGAUUAAGGAAAACAUCCUUCCCGUCACGGUUCUCUCCAGCUUGGUUGUUGCUAGUAUAGCGGCACCUUUUCUUCCAAGACAUGCCGGACCGCUGGCCAUCGCGCAGGCUCGCAAGCCCCGUCCGGUAGAGGAUAUGAUAUCCGAUAAUGUGCAGACUCACCGGAUAGGCCGCAGUAAUACCGUAGCUGCUGGCUCGCCACGACCAAGGAGACCGCGGACGGAUCAAGGCCACUCGGACCCCGAGGACCAGGCAUCAUCAAAAUCUCGCACGCCUCGUAUCAGAGAACCGCAUAGUCCCAAAGAAAUGCGAUGGAAAGCGGUACGGCCGACGCAACCUGAUCGGAUACCGUCUGCGCAAGAAAGAUCCUCGUUACUUGCAGCUGGUCCUGAAGCUCGUUUGAGUUCAUCUUCUCUCCCCGAUUUCAGCAGUCGUGGAACCUCCAACCUACCGACUCCACCAGCCACUGCGGGACUAGGACCCCUACAAGCCUCACGCAGACAUACGCAUACUUCUAGACCCCUGACUCCCAACGUCUUAACCCGGAAGCAGAAAAUUAGGCUUCUCCGGUCGAACUACUUCCGAAACGAAACGCAGUUCCUCAGCGCCUUGGAAGACAUCUCCAAUCGGUUGGUAGUUGUGCCCAAGCCAGCCCGCCUCAGUGCUCUGCGAGCCGAGCUCGCCCUGAUAGACCAGGAUUUGCCGACAGAAGUAGAUAUCCCUGUGAUUUUGCCUGCUACCCUCCCCGAUGGCGUAGCCUCACGCAGCCAACACCAUCGCAUAGUCCGAAUAAAUCCCGCCGAAGCCACGAGUCUUAACAGCGCAGAGAGAGUGCCAUAUCUCCUCAUGGUUGAGGUCUUAAAGGAGGACUUCGACUUUGAUCCUGAUAGUGAACAGAAUCAACAGCUUCUAGAGAAGCUGAUGAUGGAGAAGGGGACCACAAGGCGACGGCUCUUUGACAUUACCAACGCAGAGCAUUCAGCCUAUGUCCGAACGCCGCCGGGUGGAGCUGACAGUGUUUUUGAGCCAGCAAACGGUGAUCUCAGUAGUAAAUCGCUGAUCACAGACACGACUGAUGAUGACAUUGCUGCAAGCAUGUCUCGGGUUUCGUUACCGAGCUCUUCCACGGUCACAGCAAAAGCGCCUGCACCUCGGUCCUCGAGUGGUGCGAACACCAUGUCUUCCCUAGCAACCGUUUCCACACCAAGGACAUCGGACAUGGAGAUCAGCAGGUCGAACAGCCCUGGCGCUCGCAAACUCCCGCUUCCUUCAAGUCGCACUCAAGGUGCUGACCAGCCUGAUUUUUCUGCGCUCGCAACGCACAUGCGAACCGCGGCUCAGAUGCUGGCGCAACUUGAGGCGAGUAGCUCGAAACGGCCAAAGUCCGAAGUGGCUGCCAUCAAAGCUAAAAUCAUCGCAAGCAUGCAAUCUUUGGAGGAGCAAAGUUUCCUUGCGGAGGAUGCGACACCGACCUUCGACUCCAUCAUAGCAGAUACUGACCCGGCGCUGAUCACGGCUGAUCCGGAGGCAAUCGAGGAUGGCGUAACGGUUGCAGCAAACCCGGGCGCUGGCGCGGCGCGCAUGGAGAACGACCUCAAGACUGGAGGCAUGCAGAGGAACGGCGAUCGAGACGACCCAAGCGCAGCGACCUUUGGAGAGGAGUGGAGCUCGAAGAAGGAACGUAUUCGAAGGUCAUCCCCAUAUGGUCACAUGAAGAACUGGGACAUCAUCAGUGUCAUAGUCAAGACUGGAGCAGACCUUCGACAGGAAGCAUUCGCUUGCCAGUUAAUACAAGUCUGUGCGAAGAUAUGGGAGGACGCGGACGUCCCCGUGUGGACUAAACGUAUGCGAAUCCUGGUCACCGGGGAGUCUUCUGGACUCAUCGAGACAAUCACCAACGGUGUCUCUUUGCACUCCUUGAAGCGUAGCCUUACGUUAGCAAGCAUUGCUGCAGGGACUAAUCCGAGGAAACGGAUUGCGACUCUGAAAGACCAUUUUGUGAAAACAUUCGGCGAUCCGGAGUCCGAAACGUACAUCGCUGGUGUAGACGCUUUCACGCGUUCGUUAGCGGCCUACAGCAUCAUCUCCUACGUGCUGCAGUUGAAGGAUCGACAUAAUGGUAAUCUGCUGAUCGACAACAUGGGCCAUAUCAUACACAUCGAUUUCGGCUUUAUGCUGUCGAACUCUCCGGGUUCUAUGGGGUUUGAGGCAGCUCCCUUUAAGCUUACGCAGGAAUACGUUGAUGUGUUGGGCGGCUUGACCUCGCCUUCCUUUGACCAAUUCAAGACGUUAUGCAAGAGAGCCUUUCUGGCGUUGCGCAAAGACGCGGAACGGUUGAUCAUGUUAGUGGACAUGAUGGGUAAGCAGAGUAGGAUGCCUUGCUUUGCUGCUGGACCUGCCGGCGUCACCAAUUCCUUGCGAGCAAGGUUGAUGUUGCAUCUCAGCAAGGAAGAGGCGGAAGCCUUCGUUGAAGAGCUGAUCGCGAAGAGCGUAGGAAGCUAUUAUACCCGACUUUACGACACUUUCCAGUACCGCACACAGGGCAUCUACUGAUUUCCGUCUGCUGUUCUUCACAUUACCGUUUGCGCGUUACCCAAGACCCGCGCAGUUCGAUUGGGCAUUGGUUAGGCAUUUUUGGCAUCAAUAAUGGUGUUCUCGUUUAUCUGCUAUGAUGAUGGCAUUGGGGCGCGGAACGGUGGACAUACCAUUUGCUUGUUGAUCUCAAGACAGGGUGUGGGAGUGCGCAUUGGAUGAAUGAUGAUGGCUGAAAGAUGUGCAUUACCACUGGCGUAUAAAAGGUAAAUAUCUAUCUUCGGGAACCAAGCGACAUAGUGUCAACAGCUUAGUUGAACCACCCCACAUAACUUCGCAG